GACUGCCCGCCAAUGGCACGUCUUAAGCUAAAGAAGUUGGAGGAGUAUCUGCAGAGUGUCGAUGGCUUUGAGCAGCCCAAGAUCCUCCUGGAGCAAUAUCCAACCCCACCGCACAUAGCUGCCUGCAUGGCGCAUCACAUGCAGGCCCAACACGAAGAUAUAGAAGGAAAACUGGUGGGAGUUGGCUGUGGGUGCGGAAUGCUCAGUAUUGCUGCCACUCUCCUGGGCGCCCAGCUCACAGUGGGCUUCGAAUUGGACGGCGAUGCGAUAGACACCUUUAGGGGCAAUGUGGUGGAGAUGGAGCUGCCCAAUGUGGACUGCGUCAGAGCGGAUGUGCUGCAGCUAAAGGGGAGCAAGUGGGAGAAGACAUUCGACACAGUGGUGAUGAAUCCUCCGUUUGGCACAAAGCACAAUGCUGGGAUGGACAUGCGAUUCCUGGAGGUGGCACUGCGAUUGGCGAACCGAGCGGUCUACUCACUCCACAAAACAUCUACACGUGCCUACAUUCAAAAGAAGGCGCAGGAGUGGGGUGCUCGUGGCUCAGUGGUCGCCGAACUUCGGUACAAUAUCGAGGCCAGCUACAAGUUCCACAAGCACAAGUCCAAGGACAUUGAGGUGGACUUCUGGUGCUUUGAUAUCAGCAAGGAUAAACGACUCCCUGGGCGCAGGCCAGUUCGCCGGAAUGAUUGACGGUGAUGGUGGCCCGCUUGCAGUACU